AUGACAAGUCUUAAGAGGGCGCAUGAGCCCGGGCCGCUGGCCUCCAACAUUUCUAGCAAAACAUACGUCCGAUCCACCCGCAGUGGCAAGGUCCAAAAGAUUGUGAGAGAAGUCUAUCUCAGAACAGAUAUCCCCUGCUCGUCGCAGCUGUGUAGGGCCUGCCUGGAAUUCGCUCCCCGCACCGCUGCUGGCCAAGUUCAACCGUUUGUCCUCUCUGACAAGCCUGCGGGCACCAAGGCCUACCCACGCGGACACUACCUGGUGCCGGACACCAACGCGCUACUAAACGCCAUGGAUCUGUUUGAGCAGAGCUCUGCCUUUUACGACGUCGUCGUCUUGCAGACCGUGCUGGAGGAGCUCCGCAACCGCUCACUACCGCUGUACAACCGCCUGAUAUCCCUGACAAAGAGCGAGGAAAAGCGCUUCUAUGUCUUCUUCAACGACUUUCGCGUGGAGACGUACGUGCAAAGAGAACCCAACGAGUCGGUCAACGACAGGAACGACCGCGCUGUGCGCCAGGCCGUCAAGUGGUACGGCGAGCACCUCGCGGCGCAGACCAGCAAGGGCUCUGCGCCGGCAGUCUUGAUGCUGACCGAUGAUCGCGAUAACAUUCGCAAGGCGAAGAAGGAGGGUGUCGAGGCAUCCACGCUCAGGGAUUACAUUGGAACUCUGGCGGAUAGCGAAAACCUGCUAGACUUGAUUCCGGAGUCACAGAGCCAGGGGCGCGUAGACAUCAACAAGGGCUCCCGGCCACUGUACCCCGAAUACUUUACAGUGUCACGCAUGAUGACUGGAGUCAAGGCUGGUCUCAUGCACCAGGGCAUCUUCAACGUCUCGCCAUACAACUAUCUCGAAGGCUCCAUCAAAGUGCCAGCUUUCGCCAAGCCGCUCAUCAUCCUGGGGAGGGAAAACAUCAACCGAGCUGUCGACGGCGACGUUGUUGUCGUGGAGCUUCUCCCACAGGACCAGUGGAAGCAGCCAUCUACGAAGAUUGUCGAGGAGGACACGGUGACGAAGAACGAGGAUGCCGAUGCAGAGCAGCAAGAUUUUGUCUCGGAUCGUGAGAAGAAGGCGUUGCAGGAGCAAGUCAGGCGAACACACAAGAGCGGCUCAGAGAGCCAACCACAACCCACAGCAAAGGUCAUCGGUGUCAUCAAGCGCAACUGGAGACAAUAUGUUGGUCACAUUGACCCGUCAUCUGCGAGCAAGGGCCCGAGCCAAGGCCGCAAGCUGGACAGCGUCUUCCUCAUCCCCAUGGACAAGAAGAUCCCCAAGAUUCGCCUGCGCACGCGACAAGUAUCAGAGUUGAUGGGAAAGCGACUCUUGGUGACCAUUGAUGCGUGGGAUCGCGAUUCAAGAUACCCGGUGGGCCACUUUGUACGCUCGCUCGGUGAGCUGGAAACCAAGGCUGCUGAGACCGAGGCGCUGCUUCUCGAGUGGGACGUGCAGUACCGUCCGUUUCCCAAGACUGUGCUUGAUUGCCUACCUAAGGAAGGCCAUGACUGGCGCGUGCCGGCCAGCACCGAUGAUCCCGGCUGGCGAGACCGCGAAGACUUGCGCGGUUUGUUGAUCUGCAGUAUCGACCCCGUCGGCUGCCAGGACAUUGACGACGCCCUGCACGCGCGCAAGCUCCCCAACGGCAACUACGAAGUGGGCGUGCACAUUGCGGACGUUUCGCACUUUGUCAAGCCCGCCAACGCCAUGGACGCCGAGGCCAGCGUGCGCGGUACGACCGUGUACCUUGUCGACAAGCGCAUCGACAUGCUGCCGCCGCUGCUCGGCACCAAUCUGUGCUCGCUCAAGCCGUACGUCGAGCGGUACGCCUUCUCGGUGCUGUGGGAGCUCAACGACAACGCUGACAUUGUCAACGUGCGCUUCACCAAGUCGGUCAUCAAGUCGCGUGAAGCCUUCAGCUACGAGGCGGCGCAGCUGCGCAUCGACGACGCGACGCAGCAGGACGAGCUGACGCAGGGCAUGCGCAUGCUGCUCGCGCUGUCGCGGCGACUGAAGAAGAAGCGCAUGGACGCCGGCGCGCUCAGCCUGUCGUCGCCCGAAGUCAAGGUGCAGGUCGAGUCGGAGACGUCGGACCCGAUCGACGUCAAGACCAAGGAGCUGCUAGACACUAACUCGCUCGUCGAGGAGUUCAUGCUCUUCGCCAACGUGUCGGUCGCGGCGCGCAUCUACGAGGCCUUCCCGCAGACGGCGAUCCUGCGACGCCACGCAGCGCCGCCCAAGACCAACUUUGACGAGCUGGCGGCGCAGCUGCGCGCCAAGCGCGGCCUCGAGCUGCGCAGCGACACGAGCCGCGCGCUGGCUGACUCGCUGGACGCGUGCGUCGACCCGGCCGAGCCCUUCUUCAACACGCUGGUGCGCAUCAUGGCGACGCGCUGCAUGAUGAGCGCCGAGUACUUUUGCUCCGGCACGCAGGCCGAGCCCGAGUUCCGGCACUACGGCCUCGCCUCGCCCAUCUACACGCACUUCACCUCGCCGAUCCGGCGCUACGCGGACCUGCUCGCGCACCGGCAGCUCGCGGCGGCCAUCGACUACGAGGCGGUGCACCCGGCGGUGCGCAGCCGCGGCCGGCUCGAGGCCGUCUGCCGCAACAUCAACGUGCGGCACCGCAACGCGCAGAUGGCCGGCCGCGCGUCGGUCGCGUACUACGUCGGGCAGGCGCUCAAGGGCCGCGUCGCCGAGGAGGACGCCUUCGUGAUGCGCGUCUUCAGCAACGGCCUGGUCGUCCUGGUCCCGCGCUUCGGCAUCGAGGGGCUCAUCCGCCUGCGCGACCUCGCCACCCCGGAGCCGGAGAGCGAGUUCGACCCGGAGACGUACACGCUCACCACGACGGGCAGCCGCGAGCUCAAGGUCGAGUUGUUCCAAAAGGUCAGGGUUAGGGUCCGCGACGAGAAGGACGAGAAGACGGGUAAGCGUGGUGUUAAGAUGGAGUUGAUUAGUGCGUGA